CAUACACAACACAAAUCGCAGCGCCUAUCUGGCACCCGUUCGAUCGCUAACACAAGUCUCACUGGGAAAAAAACCCUUGCAAAAUGCGACCUACUAGUCACAGACUGGAGCACUGACUUUUCCAAAUAACUUGGUUUAAUAUCUACUCUGACUUGUGGAGCAUAGUUGUUUUAGCCAAACAAAAGACAGGACAGAACUACACAUAUAACUGGUUGUUGUACGAUGCAAUUGCCCAACACAAAACCCAUCUUGCUCUUCACACUGAUUCUGCUAUUUCACACUGUACGAGCAGAAGCUUCUCGUGUAGAGGCUCUGAGGAUCCUGAUUGUGGGAAUCAGAGGUCAGUCCAGAUUCAGUGCUGCAGAUCUUCUGUCAGGAAGGAAAGACGGUGGACAGGAGGACAGAGAGAUUGUAAAGACUCCAGUAAUCACAGACGAGGCUCGUAGAAUGAUGCUGGUCACUGGACCAAACCUCUGUGAGGAGGACACAGCGAGACAGACCUUCACAACAGCGCUGUUUCUCUCGUCUCCUGGACCUCACGCCGUUUUAAUGCUCCUGAAUCUGGAAGAUCAACAAUCACAACAGUGUGAUAUUGUGAAACGAGCCCAGGAGCUGCUGGGAGCAGAAGUCCUGCAGCACUGCAUUGUUCUUCUGCUGAUCCUGAUUGUGGGAAUCAGAGGUCAGUCCAGAUUCAGUGCUGCAGAUCUUCUGUCAGGAAGGAAAGACGGUGGACAGGAGGACAGAGAGAUUGUAAAGACUCCAGUAAUCACAGACGAGGCUCGUAGAAUGAUGCUGGUCACUGGACCAAACCUCUGUGAGGAGGACACAGCGAGACAGACCUUCACAACAGCGCUGUUUCUCUCGUCUCCUGGACCUCACGCCGUUUUAAUGCUCCUGAAUCUGGAAGAUCAACAAUCACAACAGUGUGAUAUUGUGAAACGAGCCCAGGAGCUGCUGGGAGCAGAAGUCCUGCAGUACUGCAUUGUUCUUCUGCUCCAAAAUCAGCAGGAACGUUUCACAGGAGCGUCCAGAGGGAUUGCUGGAGAAAUGAUCAACGCAUGUGGAGGACGAUUUCACGUCAUAAGAGACUCUGAAGCAAAACCUGCUCGAAGAGCAGCUCUCGUAGCACAAAUAGAGAAGUUAGUUUGGCUCAAUGAUCACAGAUUUCACUCAGUAUUGACACAAAAGUUAGAAACAGAAGAAACCAUUCAAGACGUGCAUGAACAAAAUCAAAUUCUCUCUGAAAAACAUGACAAUUCAGCAGAAACUGCACGAUGGAUUUUACUCAUUUUACUGAACACCGCUUUUAUUUUUACUAAAGUAAGGCAUGAGCAUUUUAAAUUUGCGGAAAUACUAUUCGCACUUGUUAUUUUUAUGGUCACUUUAAGAAAUAUUCUCAAUCCAGAUGUUGCCGUUCCUUUAAAUUUGAUCCUAUCCUCCACUUCCACCGUAGCCGCUGCGUAUCACGACUUUGCAAAUUCACGACAUGCACACCAAAUCAUAAUGUUUUUAGUCAUGAUCUUUACAUUUCCCAGUAUAGUGUUCAUAGCAGGUCUAGGACUGACUGUAGGAACAGCUGUCAGUGUACAGACGUGGUCAGAUGUGCUUAUAGCGUGCCAUGCUGCUCCCGGGGUCACAUUCGGGGCUCAUUUAUACACUAUUUACUCCAUUAUACCAGAUCAAAUGCAAGCUCGGACAACUCUAGUCUUUGCAUUCAAGUUAUUCCUGUUUUGUUUCGUUGGAGUGACGCUCUCAAUGGGGUUUGUGACUGUAUUUGCUCUGUUUGGUGUGGAGACCGCAAUAUUUCUGCUAAUAUUAGGAUUUACAAAAGCGUUUUUCCAUUUAAAGAGUGAUGCUGCUCCCGUUGAGGCACCAUACAUGAAGGCUCCACAGCUCCGGCCAGGGAUGCCAAAUCAGGCCUUUCGCCUGCGAGAGAAGAUCCCUCCUCAGCGGAAUGGGCCAUGGGGCUGCUGCUGA